UCCAUAUAUACCCCUCUCUUCUCCACUUCCCACUUCAAACCCCAACUUCCUCAACCCCUUCUUUAAUCAACCUUACCCUCUCAACCCACAAAAAAAAAAAAAAUGGCGAAAGACGUGGAGGCAGAGCAGCCGGCGGCGCCGGAGUUCUCCGCCAAGGACUACCACGACCCACCGCCGGCACCCUUAAUCGACCUCGACGAGCUCACCAAAUGGUCCUUCUACCGCGCCCUGAUCGCCGAAUUCAUCGCCACACUCCUCUUCCUCUACAUCACCGUCCUCACCGUCAUCGGCUACAAGUCCCAGACCGACCCCUUGGUCCACACCGGCGCCGACGCCGCCUGCGGCGGCGUCGGCGUCCUCGGCAUCGCCUGGGCGUUCGGCGGCAUGAUCUUCAUCCUCGUCUACUGCACCGCCGGGAUCUCCGGGGGCCACAUCAACCCGGCCGUCACUUUUGGGCUCUUCUUGGGCCGCAAGGUGUCGCUCUUGCGGGCCGUGGGCUACAUGGUGGCCCAGUGCUUGGGUGCCAUCUGCGGUUGUGGGCUCGUCAAGGCCUUCCAGAAGUCCUACUACACGCGCUACGGCGGUGGGGCCAAUGAGCUGGCGGCUGGGUACAAUAAAGGCACCGGAUUGGGCGCCGAGAUUAUCGGGACAUUUGUUUUGGUCUACACCGUGUUCUCGGCCACUGAUCCUAAGAGAAGCGCUAGGGACUCCCAUGUUCCCGUGUUGGCGCCGCUUCCAAUUGGGUUCGCGGUGUUCAUGGUCCACCUGGCGACGAUUCCAAUCACUGGGACGGGGAUCAACCCGGCUAGGAGUUUUGGUGCUGCUGUUAUCUACAACAAGGACAAGGCAUGGGACGAUCAGUGGAUCUUCUGGGUGGGACCGUUCAUUGGAGCAGCCAUAGCUGCGUUCUACCACCAGUUCGUGCUGAGAGCAGCAGCAAUCAAGGCUCUGGGUUCCUUCAGGAGCAAUGCCGGAAAUUGAUUUACGUUAAUUAUCAUGAGGGGGAAGCAUGAAGCUGGUUGAGAAAGAAUAAGGUGUCUGCUCUGCUGCAAAUUUGAAGAGAGGAAGAAGAAGAAGAAGAGGGCAAGGGAAGUGUAAAUAAAAAGGGGUGAAGGAGAAGAGAGAUGUGAUGUUUCAACAUUAGGCUUGAAUUCCCCUCUAUUGCUCUAUUUGCUUUCCCCUUGUUUUUUUACCUUUUCUAUAAUCUGUACUUAUUAUUAUCUCUUUGCUUUUGUUGUAAUUUAUUAUCAUGUGGAAUUGUGGUGGUGGUGGGUGGGUGGAGGUUUGUUUGUGUGUAUUUUCUGGUUGGCUUCCACCUUAUCAAAUUUCUAGUGAAAUGGGUCUUUUCCCCCUCUUUAUUUAUCUAUGUUAUCUACUUUCAUAUGAAAUCCUGGAGAAAGGGGAGAAGAAGAAGGUAUCAUUUGUGUUGAGUGUGGCUAAGAGGUUUGGAGUGAUUUCUAAGUGAUCUCAUUAUAAUUUGAAAAGUUCUAUUUAUUUUGAUGUAAAAAAAAUGAGAUGAGCUUCAUUUUACGACAAUCAAGAUGUAAAAUUCGACUGUUCAUACUGUUGUAUAA